CAGGUCAAUGGCAAGGACCUGUCCAAGGCCACCCAUGACCAGGCGGUGGAGGCCUUCCGCACCGCCAAGGAGCCCAUCGUGGUCCAGGUCCUGCGCCGGGCCCCUCACCCCAAAUCGGUCAGCCCCGCCACUGACACCCAGGUGUCGGACACCAGCACUCAGACUGACAUCACUCUUCAGCACAUCAUGGCCCUCACCAAGCUGCCUCCUCCUUCACCACCCAUGAUGGAGCUGGAGGAGUAUCUGCUCACAGAGGAGCAUCCUGCAGGACAUGCAUACUUUGACCCGAAUGAUUUCCUGGAGGGCAUUCAGCAGGACAUAGAACGGGAGGAGCUGGAAUAUGAGGAGGUGGAUUUGUACCGAGCCAACAUCCAAGACAAGCUCGGCUUGACCAUCUGUUACAGGACUGAUGACGAGGACGAGGCUGGGAUCUACAUUAGUGAGAUUGAUCCGAACAGCAUUGCUGCAAAGGACGGCAGGAUUAGAGAAGGGGACAAAAUCAUCCAGAUCAAUGGUAUUGAGAUCCAGAACCGGGAGGAUGCUGUAGCUCUGCUGACCAGUGAGGGGAACCAGAAUAUCUCCCUGCUGGUGGCCAGACCAGAGAUGCAGCUGGAUGAGGGCUGGAUGGAUGACGACAGGAACGACUUCCUGGAUGACCUCCACAUGGACAUGCUGGAGCAGCAGCACCAUCAGGCCAUGCAGUUCACUGCCAGCAUGCUUCAGCAGAAGAAGCACGAGGAGGAUGGAGGCACCACCGACACAGCCACGCUUCUGUCCAACCACCAUGAAAAGGACAGUGGGGUUGGGCGCACAGAUGAGAGCACGCGGAAUGACGAGAGCUCGGAGCAGGAGAACCUCGGAGAUGACCAGACCACAGCCUCCAACACACUGGGCAGCUGCAGAAAGCUGACCUACAGCCAGGACACACUCGGCAGCAUCGACCUGCCCUUUAGCAGUGAGUCUUUCAUCUCCGCUGACUAUACCGACACCGACUUCCUGGGCAUCCCGGCUGACGAGUGCGAGCGCUUCAGGGAACUCCUGGAGCUGAAGUGCCAGAUGAGGAGCAGCGGAGCCCAGGGUCUGUACUGCCAGGGCGGAGGGGCAGGAGGUCAAGACCAGGAGUGUGUGGACAAGGAGCUGGAGCUACUCAAUGAGGAGCUGCGCACCAUCGAGCUGGAGUGCCUGAACAUCGUCCGCGCGCACAAGAUGCAGCAACUGAGGGAGCAGUGCCGUGAGUCCUGGAUGCUGCACAACAGCGGUUUCCGCAACUACAAUACUAGCAGUGAUGCUCAUCGCCAUGAGCUCUCAGACAUCACAGAGCUGCCAGAGAAAUCAGACAAGGACAGCUCCAGUGCCUACAACACUGGUGAGAGCUGCCGUAGCACGCCUCUGACGCUGGAGCUUUCUCCAGACAACUCGCUCCGCAGAGGAGCGGAGAAUCAGGCCGGGGCAUCCGGCUCUACCAGUAGGAUGCUCAAACCACUCCUGUCCCCCGUGCAGGAAGCUUCUGGCCCAAGCCGCAGCAGAGGGUCCUCCAAAGAUCAAGACGGAGCACUGCAGGCGGAGGGCAAGGAGAGGAAAAUGGGAGAGUCCAGUAAGUCUGGGCGGAGCUAUCCACACUCACCUUACAAGCACGCUCACAUCCCCGCCCACGCCCAGCACUACCAGAGCUACAUGCAGCUGAUCCAGCAAAAAUCAGCUGUGGAGUACGCCCAGAGCCAGAUGAGUCUGGUCAGCAUGUGCCGCGACCCCAUCACGCCUAGUGACCUGGAUCCUAAGAUGGAGUGGAAGGUGAAGAUCCGCAGCGACGGCACGCGCUACAUCACCAAGCGCCCCAUCCGGGAUAAGCUGCUGAGGGAGCGCGCCCUCCGCAUCCACGAGGAGCGCAGCGGCAUGACCACAGACGACGACGCCAUAAGCGAGCUGAAAAUGGGCCGCUACUGGAGCAAGGAGGAGAGGAAGCAGCACGCCGUUCGGGCCAAGGAGCAGAGGCAGCGCCGAGAGUUCAUGAAGCAGAGCCGAGCCGAUUGUCUGAAGGAGCAGACUUACCUGGAGGACAAAAAGGAGCCCAACAUCAUCGAACUCAGCCACAAAAAGAUGAUGAAAAAGAGGAAUAAGAAAAUAUUCGACAACUGGAUGACAAUCCAGGAACUGCUGACCCAUGGUACCAAGUCACCAGACGGCACCAGGGUUUACAACUCACUCCUGUCUGUGACUACAGUCUAAGUCCUGCCUUGAGUUCAGUGUCAGGCCAGCUAGAGGAGGACAGACUGGAGUGUAAUGGACUGUACAUAGAACACUACCAGAUGGGGUAGAGAUUCCUGCCUCGUUCAAUGUGGCAACAUUUUGUAAAUAGGAAAUAAGGAAAGCCUUUUGUGGACAGACAUUUUCCACCCCUGCGGUGAAGAGGAGCUCCUGUAGAUGAGGGUUGGACUUGGACAUGAACUCAACAUGGCUAUAAGAAUGAUUUUGGAAACAUUUUUCAGAUUCUUUCAAUAACCUUUUCUACCUUUGUGCUUGCUCAUUUUGAAUAAUUUUGGAAGGUUUUCAGAAGUGUGUAAAGACGGUGUGCCAUUCAUAAAACAGCCAGCAUUUACACUAUUAUACAUUAUUUUGUUUGUACUAUAUAUCUCUUAUCAGUAUUUUACUGUUAUGCAUACUUAAUGCUUUUAUGGAAACAAUGCUAUUUUUCCUGCAAGGUAGAACACAUAAUCCUUUUCAAAAGGACUUUUGUAAAUUAAAAAAUAAAAUUUUUGUAACAAAUCCACUUUUUUUAGUUUGAAUUUCUCUCUAUGGGUGCUGAUCUACCAAAGUCGAUACCACCAGCGAUAUAUACCAUCUGUUACAUAAUGAGGAGAAAAACAUUACAUGAUAUCAUUGUGUCUGUACGUAUGUUUAGAAGAAAGAAAGAUGUUUCUCACAUUGUUGAUACUGAAAUGUCUGUUUGUCGAAACACACAUUGUAGUCGCUUUUGCUUUCUUAGGGUUUACAUGUAUUGAGCAGAAUAACAGCUUUACAAAUCCUUAGUUAGCCACACAAUUUGAUGUCUUGUAAAAUGAGAGAAAUAAUAAAUUAUUGUUUUAUAUAUG